UAUAUAUGUGUUAAUUGGAAUUCUAUUGUAAAAUAUUUGAAUGAUACUCCAGAAACUGUUAAAAUUAAAGGGAAGUUAUUUGUUCCCUUCUUGGCCAAAUAUAUUUUCAUGAUUUCUCAUAAACCUGCCAAAGAAGCUUUUAAUUUUGGUCAAAGAAAUAUGGAUGAUGAAGCAUCAUCCCAACAUGACUGGAAACAAUUUAAUUAA